UCUCAACCAAGACAAUUUUGUGAGGUUUAUGCUAAAUGUGGAGCAUUUGGAGUUUGUAAUGAAGCGAAUGCAACCUGCAAUUGUUUGAAUGGUUUCAAACCAAGAUCAGAUACAGAAUGGAAUUCAAAGGACUAUUCCAGUGGCUGUGUAAGAGACCAAAAGGUGCAGUGUAAUGCAAUUACUGAAGACAAAGAUAGUUUAUGGAUAACUUCUAGUAUAAGACUACCCACUUCUCAAAAUACUAAUAUCACAGCUGGGAAAGCCUCACAGUGUAGAUCUGCAUGUUUCAACGAUUGCUCUUGCACUGCUUAUACUUAUGAUGGUUCCGCUACCUGUUCUAUUUGGACAGGGGAUCUGUUCAAUCUGCAACAACUCAGCACAGCUGAAUCAGAAAGGACUAUAUUUGUCAAACGUGGCUCACCUCAAGCUCAAACUAAAACUAAGAGAUCGAAGAAGCUAAAAGCAAUCCUUUCGUCAAUAUCGGCUUUGAUGUUUCUACUCAUAAGCAGCAGCAUUAGCUACAUUUACUAUAGAAGAAGAAUGGCAAUAAAAGCAGAUAGAAGUAAAGGGGCAUAUAAAUCUCAGCGGCACAAAGCUGAAGGAGAAGCAAAAGUAUUGAUGAAUGAAAACAGUGAUGAAGCGAUUGAUGUUCCUUACUUUCACUUGGAGACCAUUUUGGCUGCUACAGACAACUUCUCAACUGCAAAUAAGCUCGGACAAGGAGGGUUCGGUCCAGUUUACAAGGGUAUCUUUCCAGGUGAAAAAGAAAUUGCAGUGAAAACAUUAUCCAGUCAAUCAGGACAAGGCAUAGAUGAAUUUAAGAAUGAGGUGACUCUAAUUGCAAAGCUUCAACAUCGAAAUCUGGUGAGGCUAUUGGGCUAUUGCAUCAAUGCAGCGGAACAAAUAUUACUUUAUGAAUAUAUGCCGAAUAAAAGUUUAGAUACAUUCCUAUUUGAUGGAACACUUUGUCAAUUAUUGGAUUGGAAGAGACGUUAUGACAUCAUAUUGGGCAUUGCACGGGGUCUAUCUUAUCUUCACCACGAUUCACGACUAAGGAUCAUUCAUAGAGAUUUAAAAACCAGUAACAUUUUAUUAGAUGAGGAGAUGAACCCGAAGAUUUCAGAUUUUGGCUUGGCAAGAAUUGUUGAAGGAAAAGUAACAGAAGCAAAUACAAAGAAAGUAGUGGGGACCUACGGCUAUAUGUCUCCUGAAUAUGCACUGGAUGGACUUUUUUCCAUCAAAUCAGACGUUUUCAGUUUCGGAGUAGUCAUGCUUGAGAUAAUCAGUGGAAGAAGGAAUACAGGAUUUUAUCAGUCGGAAGAAGCCUUAAACUUGUUGGGCUAUGCAUGGAAACUGUGGACAGAAAAAGCCGAGACACAAUUAAUAGAGAAGUCAUUACUUGAAUCAUGCAACAGAAGUGAAGCACUAAAGUGCAUAAACAUUGCGCUUCUGUGUGUACAAGAAGAUCCAAAUCAUCGUCCUACUAUGUCAGAUGUCAUUUUAAUGCUGGGAGGGGAAGGUAGUAACCUUCCAACACCUAAUAGACCAGCUUUUGUAAUAAGGACACAUGCUUCUAGCACA